AUGCAUAAUGUAGGGGGUCCCAAAAAGUCCGGAUUGUCAUGCGCGGAAUGUCGUCGAUCCAAGCUCAAGUGCGACAGAGUGUUCCCGUGCCAGUCAUGUAUGCGACGUGGAUGUGCGAAUAUCUGUCCAGAGGGGACUCUCGCCGCCACGAAAGGAAACAAGGUUCUCAUGGCUCAUGCACAGCGGCUGUCAGAACAAGUAAAGACCAUGACUGGGAGAAUAAAAGAGCUAGAAGAAGCACUUCAUGAAUCUCAGAAAUCCAAUCGUGAUGGAAGCGGACCACAUCCUCUCCUGCAAACUUCCUCCCAGCCACACGAACACAUUGAAGAGCCAGGCCUUCGGACUAUCUACGAUGAUGAAGUCCACGAUGUAACAGAAAGCAUCGGAUCUUUAUCGAUCGAUGGCAAUGGCCGCACUAAAUAUCACGGCGACUCCGUUGGGUCGGAGUACUUUCAACCAUUGUUUCCGCCUGACGGUUAUCCAUCACAGCAGAGCGUCUCGGCUGACCCGAAAUACUUGGGACUUCCAUUUGAGAUCAUUGAUCUCUCCAAUGCAUACCCCUUCGGUCUGAGGGACAGUCAAUACACGAAAUUUCUCUUCUUACCUUUUCUGCCUCCCCGCGAACGAGCCUUGCAGCUUAUGGAGCUAUAUUAUCGAAAUGUCGCAUGGAUGUUCGACCCAAUCGUACGAGACGACUUCAUGACAAAUAUUCUAAUCCCACUGUAUGGCCACACCGGUUCCCCUAACGUUAAUAACAUCCAUUCGCACCGACUUUCCGUUUUUUUCAUCCUGCUGGCCUCAGGAGUCCUUCACGAUCAAUCACAAUCUUCAGCGGUGCUUGCUGAACAGUACUAUGCCCUUUCCCGCGCAGCGCUAUCACUCGAUCCGAUUUCCCAAGACGCUACUUGCGCUACUGUACAGGCCCUUUUCAUGGCAUUCGGACAUAUCUACCAAUCUGAUCGUACGAACAACGAAGCCAGGUGGCUUCUCAUGGGCAUCGUGGCGAGAAUUGCACAAUUAAUCGGUCUACAACGCGAUAACGCUGGGUGGGGUCUAGGGCAGGAAGAAAUACAAAGACGACGCGUUUUAUUUUGGGAAAUCUACUCGGUUGACGCGUGGACGAGUAUCCUUCAUGGUCGUCCACCUGCAUUGAGCAUCAAUCAUACAGACUGCCGGUUCCCAGAAGAUCUCGAUCCCGCGAUCAAACCUUCAGGUGUUGUCGAAAUGGGAUGGCAUACCUGGAAGUUCCGCUACUCGGCAAGCUGUUUAGGAAUUUCUGUGCAGCAUGUGUUCAACACGCGUGUUCCAAGCUAUUCCGCAUUGCUCGAAUUGGAUCGAAAGAUACGGAAAUUCAGCCUGCCGGCACAUUUACAAUCACCAAUGGAAGCCUCAGAAGCAGGGCGUGCUUGGUCUCCAGAAGCCCCUAAGGCAAUGCAGCAAUAUGCUGCACUGUGUCACAGGGAAGCAAAUCUGAUGUACAUCCAUCGGAGCUGGUUCGUACAGGCUUUUCGAGAGGCCCCUACCAACCCCCUUCAGCACAAAUAUGCGCCCUCAGUCUUGGCUGUAUAUCGCAGUGCAUGUCGGUUGAUCUCCAGCCUCAAUGGGUUGUACCGAGUGCAUUCUCAACCGACGGAUCGAACGUGGUUCUUCUGGUCGGCCAUAUUCUCUGCAUGCAUCGUUCUCGGAGCUAUAGUGGUGGAUAGUCCACAAUGUACUCUUGCGUCGAACGCAUUGCAAGAACUGGAUCAGGGAAUGGUGCUUUACGAAGAGGGUUCACUUCCCUGUCGGCCUCCAGCAACCAUGCUUGUCCUCCACAGACUGCGUGAACGUGCAUUCACCUCCCUCCAGGCCGCGCAGACAGACAGACAAUCACAAUCUCAUCGGUCGUCUAUAAACCCCGGUGAUCCAGACGUGCUUGGACCCCGGAAGAGUGGCAUCGCCGGCACACCAUUCGGCUCGUCAGCUUCAAGUGCAAGCCCAUCUGGUUCAGACCGACGAUCGUCAGAACUGUCCGAUGGUGAUAUACCCAUCGCUCAGUAUUACGCAGCACUAGCAAAUCCCGAUCUCGUAUUGCCAGCCACCAGGGAAUUCGAGCUCCCGUUUUCUCAGACAUUCGAGCCGUACUACGCUGCAGCUUCGGAAGAGGAUAUCGACGCGCCUUCACCGUUCUUUGACCCUGGGCUGCGAGCCGCGGUCACGGAGUCAAAGAUGCAGCCCAAUCAAAGUAAUGCAGGUCCCAGUUCGAGUAGGCCUCCGCCACAACCAGUGCCAUUAUCAUUUCAGCAAGUGUACAAUCCGGACCAUGCAUAA